AUGUCGUCCACCAGCAACGCCUCCAUUGACAAGUUCAACGGAGACAAUUACGCAACGUGUAGCCGGUACAUGCGCGGUGUGUUUUUGACGAAGUCCGUCUGGCACGUCGUCAACCGUGAAGUGACUCCGACUUUCACCGACCCGCGAGCGUCCGAUGACUACGUCAAGGCAAGCAACGUCGCGUUUGGUAUGAUGCUGCUGCACAUGAACGCGGACUACCAUCAUGUGCUGGACAACUGCGAGGAAGCCUGGGUUGCGUGGACCAGUCUGAAGACGCUGUACGGUGGGUCGCAGAAGGCAGGACGCAUCUACCUCAAGCGACAACUUUUCAGUAUCAAGAUGGCUGAAGGCGCGAACGUCAUGCAUCACUGCAACGAGGUCCUCAACAUCUCCGCCAAGCUUAGCGGCAUCGGUGCGAAGAUGGAAGACGAAGACGUUGCAAUUUGUCUGCUACUCAGUCUUCCGAAGAGCUACGAAAAUGUGGUGCUCAACAUGGAAAUGAGCAGCACCGAGCUUCGCACUCAAGAUGUGGUGAGAGUCCUGACGAAUGAGCAUGCCAAGCGUCAAGGAGAAAAAGGGACAACGACAGCGACUACGGUGAAGGCUGAAGAUGCAAGCAAGGCAUUCAGCGCCGAGCGUGAGCCCUACCAAUGCACGUAUUGUGGCAAGGUGGGACACACGGUGGAUCGUUGCUGGACAAAGCAGAAGAACGAAGGCAAUGGCUACGAUCGAGUGGCGUUUGCAGUCUCGUUCGAAUGUGGAGUUUCGACGAGCAAGGACGUGUCUGGAAUGUGGGCCGUCGACAGUGGUGCAACGCACCACAUUUGCCACGACAAGACCAAGUUCGCAAGUUUGGCAGAGCGCAAUGAGGGCGAACUCUUGGUGGCUGAUGGCAACAAGGUGGCCAUCAAGGGUGUGGGAACCAUCAUGGAAAAGGUGGUUCUGCCCAACGGUGAAGAGCGUGAGAUCGAAAUCAAGAACGCGCUAUAUGUUCCAAGUAUGAGCAAGAACCUGCUCUCGGUGCCACAGAUUAACAGCCAUGGCAAGUUUCAAGUCGUGUUUGACGGGUCCAAGAUGUAUGUGACUCUCAAGAACUCACAGCAAGUGGUGGCGACAGCGGAUCUCGUGGAUGGACUCUACUGGCUUCGGACGACUCAACGAUCAGCGAAUGUGACAACAAGUGGAACCAGUUGUGCCGAUCUACAUGCGAGAAUGGGUCAUGCUCCAGUCGAUGUACUUCGCAAGAUGAUCGCGACCAACAUGAUCAAGGAUGUGCGAGUCCCUCUCAAGUCGUGUGGAGCAACUACAUGUCGAGGAUGUCAACAAGGGAAAAUGGUCCAAAAACCAUUUCCAAGCAACCGAGACAAGCGCAGCUACGAUACGUUUGAGCUACUUCAUCUGGACAUCUGCGGGCCCAUGGAAAAGGAUUCGCUCGGUGGCAGCAAAUAUUUGCUGCUGAUCAUCGACGAAGCCAGUGGAUGCAUGAAGGGCUUUUGUCUACGAGUGAAGUCCGAGAGUGAAGACUACAUCCGGAAAUAUAUCACCAUGGUACAGACGCAAUUCUGUAAGAAGGUCAAGUUCGUGCGACACGACGGAGCUCGCGAGUUUGCAACCAACUCGCUUCAACUGUUCUACGAAGACGAAGGCAUUGAACAGCAGACAACGGUGCCGUAUGCACAUCAAACAAACGGAACAGCAGAGCGUGCCAUUAGGACUAUUGUCACGAUCGGCCGCAGCAUGCUUCAUCAUGCCAAACUGGACAAGUGUUUCUGGGCCGAAGCAGCGAUGACGGCCAUCUACGUCAAGAAUCGACUGCCGUCACCUAAAGUCGUGCACAAGACCCCGUUUGAGAUCGUCUACAACUUGAAACCAAGCGUCAAGCACAUGCGAACAUUCGGGUGUCAGACAUACAUACUGACGCCUAAAGAGAAUCGACUCAAGUGGGAUCCAAAGGCUCGCGCUGGCAUAUUCGUGGGCUACGAAGAAGUUUCGAAGGCGUAUCGUGUUUAUGACAUCGAGGCGGGGCAGGUGGUUAUCAGCCGCGAUGUCAACUUCGACGAGUCCACCUUUGGACUUCAAGUGCCGAUCACUGAUGAAGAUGUCGAUGACCUGGACUUCGAAUUGCUGGAUCUUGAUGACGAAGAGCUGCGUCAAAUGGAGUACAAGCAAACAGGCAAGCGCAAGAACCGACUCAAUGAUGAAGAUACAGCAGCUCCACGACCGCGUGCAGUGCGUCAACGACCAGGACUAGAAGAGUCAAGCGCGCCGGAAAACAACUCGUCACGACAAGAAGAAGACGAAGAAACGAAGGAUUCUGGUGAUUCAACACCGCCUGUGUUUUGGCGUGCGAGUGCAAAUGCCGUUGAAGCAGCAGUGGACUUAUCAGAACCCUCAACAUUUGAAGCAGCAGUAAGCGGCCCUGACCAAGUGCACUGGAGAAAAGCAAUUCAUGCAGAGCUCGAGUCAAUGCGACUUCUGUUGUAA